AUGAAUGAAAUGAGUUCGGAAAUGGAUGAAAUAUUCAAGCCAACAUUCCGACCUUAUUGUGCCUCAAGGGAUAUAUGUAGAGCCGACUGUACUUGCUUUAAUACUCCAAACUGUACUGUUCUUCAGAUGGAGGACAGUGUGAGGAACCACAUAGUCUGUUUCCUGAACGAAAUCAGAGAUAUCCAAAGUAGAGGACAGCCAUCACCUGCUGGUAUACCAAUUUUACAAUACGACCAUUAUUUGGAGCAAAUUUCAGUGUGCUGGGCUUCGUUAUGUACAGUUGACCAUUCAGAUUGUUUUAUCCACCCGAAAUUCAACGAAACAUCGCAGAGUGUUGGACAGAUGGUACUCAAGAAAGAAAAAGCACCAAUUUUCUUAUGGAAUGAGAUGUUGGUGAAAUGGUUGGGCGGUGUGGGCAUUUUGAACGUGGAAAUCAUGACCAGUUUGCCGGAAGGAGAGAAAGGAGAAGAAAUGUACAAUUACGCACAGCUUCUAAGCGACAGAAUACAGUUUAUAGGUUGUGCUUGGGCUCUGUUCAACAACACGAUCAUAUACGUUUGUACCUUUGGACCAAGGGGACCUUCACAGGGAGAUUACAUUUGUAGAAUUGGUGUCCCAUGCUCGAAAUGCCCAACUGGGUACGAAUGCGAUUUCAAGAAGCCAUUCACGAAUCUGUGUAAGCCUAUGACAGCCAAGAAAACCAAAAAAACGAAAACGAAAACUUCGCCUGAAGAUAAACCAGUAAAAAUUCUACCUCAUUCACGAGAUACCAAAAACAGUAGCGACCGGGAAACGACUGAAGAGUCAGGAGAUAAAAAAUUUCUUAGCGCGAUCGCAAUGGCUAUAACGAUUAUACUUAUCGCUGUUGUUGUAGUUUUGGUUGGUGGUUUUAUUGCGUUCUAUAUCUGGUUUGUUUAG